CGCGGCCCCGCUGCAGGUUGGAGUGGAAGAGGCUCUGCUGCUGUCUGCAAGCUGUCUGACCCGCAGGAGAGAUGCGCUAGAUUCUGGUGCAAACUGCGCCAACGCUCUGAGGAGCUGCUGCUCAGAGACAUAACUCUGCUGCGUUACUUUCCUGUCCAGUUCAUUCGUUGAUGCCUUUGGAUUUGUUAUUCCUAUUAUCGAACAUGAUGUAUGCGGGCGGAAGAUUCUAGCGGAACGUUGGCCGGUGGGUUCCGCGUGUCCUUCUAGAAAAGGAGCAGACAUGUAUGCAGGACGCAAGAGGAGAAAACCCGUCCAGAGAGCGGUGAAACAGCCACCUGCUGAGGGAACCAAGUCAAAUCCGUCCAAACGGCACAGAGACCGGCUGAACGGCGAACUGGAGCAACUGGCCAGCCUGCUGCCAUUUCCUGAGGAGGUCACUGCUAGUUUGGACAAACUAUCCAUCCUACGGCUGAGCGUCAGCUACCUACGAGCCAAGAACUUCUUUUCUGUUGCCCUGAGCAGUCAGAAGGGAGCCGCUGGAGCCAGAGGGAACAACGAGAAACCAGGAGGUGGAGAGAAGCAGGUGUGUGAAGGAGAGCUGCUGCUGCAGGCUCUCAAUGGGUUUGUCCUGGUCACUACUGCAGAUGGGACCAUUUUCUAUUCCUCUCACACCAUCCAGGACUACUUGGGCUUCCAUCAGACUGAUGUCAUUCACCAGAGUGUGUAUGAGCUUGUCCAUACAGAGGACCAGCAGGAACUGAGAAGAAACCUGCACUGGGCUUUGAAUCCUUCCCAGGCUGCAGGAUCUGCCAUGUCCCAGGACUCCCCCCAAGAGAUGGAACCUGACAGCAGCUCUUCUUUGGUCACCUACAACCCCAAGCAGCUUCCACCAGAGAAUUCCUCCUUCUUAGAGAGGAAUUUUGUGUGUCGCUUUCGCUGCCUGCUAGAUAACUCCUCUGGCUUCCUGGCUCUGAACAUCCAGGGCAGGCUCAAGUUUCUGCAUGGACAAAACCAGCAGCAGGAAAAUGGAGGGAAGGGCACAACUCAACUUGCCCUUUUUGCCAUUGCAACUCCUCUGCAGCCUCCGUCCAUCCUGGAGAUCAGGACCAAAAACAUGAUUUUCAGGACUAAACACAAGCUGGAUUUUACACCCUUGGCCUGUGAUGUGAAAGGGAAAAUUGUUCUUGGGUACACUGAGGCUGAGCUACGAGUUCGAGGAUCUGGCUAUCAAUUCAUCCAUGCAGCCGAUAUGUUGUACUGUGCUGAGAACCAUGUCAGAAUGAUAAAAACAGGAGAGAGCGGACUGACUGUGUUCAGGCUCCUCACCAAAGAGAAUAGCUGGAAAUGGGUCCAGGCCAAUGCCCGGCUGGUGUACAAGAACGGCAAACCAGACUACAUCAUCGCCACCCAGAGGCCACUUCUAGAUGAAGAGGGAGGAGAACAUCUGCGUAAGCGCUCCAUGCAUCUCCCCUUUACCUUUGCCACAGGUGAGGCCUUACUGUACCAGUCCAACCACCCCAUCGCGGACUUCAUCGAUGGAAGCCAGGAGAAAAACAGCAGCAAGUCCAAGAAAAGCCGAGCUGAAAGGCUGGCAAGGGAUGGCUUGGAUCCUGGUUCUCUUCUUGGGGCUCUCAUGAGUCAGGACCAGUCUGUAUAUGUUUACCAACCCAACACAACCUUUCACAGCAGUUUCAUUGGAGAGCAGACAAACUUCUCUGUCUCUGAACCUUCAAGGCAGAGCCAGAGCUGGGAUGUGCCUCAUAAUGGUGUUUUACAGCCAGGCAUUUCAGAACCCAGCGCCAGCUUCGACCCACUGCUAGCUACCCUGGAUUCUCUUACCCUGGAAGGUCAGGGUGUGGUGGAUGCAGAGGAUGGGAGCUGUUCCAACAGUGAGCUGUUUGGAGCUUUGGAAGGGCUGGGUCUUAGUGCCGAGGACCUGGAGCUGCUGCUCCUGGAUGAGCGAAUGAUCAGUGUGGAGAUGGAUUCUGACCGUGUGCCUACGUUGGAUGACCUGUUGACAAAUGACGAAAUCCUCUCAUAUAUCUACAACUGUAUUGAAGGUAGGGCUGUUUCCAUAGAGCAUGGGAGACAGGUCCUUCCUAGAACAACAGCAACGAUCCCUACCACAGUGUCGGCAUCUGAAAGUAAUCCCAGAUCUGGUGCAGAUGUGCAGAUACAUUUUCCUCACUGUAAGCCUUGCCUGGUGGGGCAGGCUCCUAUUGUGCAGCUGUCACAGCAGAUGCAGCAGCACCUCAACAUGCAAAAAGGCAGACUUGGCCAUGAUUGGAGCCAGCAUAGAGACCAGCUGACUAAUGGAGAGCUGCUGGGGCAUAAUCCAGGCCUCCACAAUGGACACUGGACAGCUCAGGACACUCUCAUCUGUGCAGGAUUGCAUCUCCAACACACAAACACUCAGCACAUGGUUUUCAGCAACAAGGCCACAGAGCUGGAUGGGCAGUUUCUCCAGCAACAAAUGCACCAACAGUUCCAACAUUAUCAGCAGUCAAUAACACAGAAGCAGCUCUCCGAGCACUGCCAUGUCCAACAAAGGUCAACCACUCUCAAUGGAAUGUGUGACGCCUUCUCCAACUGGUCCACAACUAAACCUCAGUGGCAGGAUUUUGAUUUCACUGAAAGUCCCGGUAACGACCCCUGUCCAGACAGCAGCCAGAAACCUAAUGCAAUUACUUCUUUAGACUUGUGCACUAAUUACAGAAUGGCAGAAAUGCCAAACGUGGAUUCCACUGUCAGUGGAAGUGCUUUGUAUGGGAAGGUUGGACAGCAGGACAGAAGUGAGUUCACAGUUUCAUCUUUCCAGCAGCAGCAAGAAGAGAUCGCCCUCCCCUCCAUUCAGUGCCCUCUCCCCAAAACAUCCCUGGAGCAGAUUGUGGGAGUUGGAAAACCCUGCAGUCAGCCAGACCGCAGUGACAUGAUGAGCUCCGAAGAUGGCAACGACCCAAGUAACAGUAAGAUGAAAGGCUGCAUCCUGGACACUUCCUAUCCUGGAGACUGUGUCAACGAGAAUGGAGCAGCGCCCCCUGCUGUCAAGGUGGUCAGUUCUGAGACUAUACCUCAAGUACCUGAAUCACAAGCCAGCGGCUUCUACCUCUGACCAAGUCAUUAUCAUGUAGCAGGACAGUGUGAAGAAGCAGAAACACAGUGACUGUAGCAGCCUUAUGCAUACAAAGAACAUGUUUUUUUUCUGUUCUUCUAUUUGCUUUUUGUGUGUACCGUAAUCUAACUCAUAUUAUCACAAGUUUGUUGUUUACAGUCUUUAAGUGUGAAGAGUCUAAGUUAUGUUGAUGAGUCGAAAUGAGAAUGAUGUCAAGGUGAAUUUAGGAAUGUGUUCAUUAACAUGAUUAACUAGUGGAAGCUGAAUAUCAGCCGACAUGUGACAACUGAACAAGUUCAAAUGAACAGAGGGAAAUCUGUUGUCAUAUUUUAAUUUCAGCAGAUCUUUUGUGUGUAUUUUCUUUGACAAUACACAAACCUGAGAUUUGGUCAAUUCAGAUGAUAGUUGAAUAUCAAGAAUGUACAGUGAUAUCUAGAAAGACUCAAUUUAAAGUAACACCACUUCAAUAAGCUCCAGCCAUCCCCAAACUGUGCAGUAUUUCUUUUUCUACAACAGGAAAAUGCCUCCAGAGCCGCUGUGGACUUGUGUUCACUUCUUCCUGUCCAUGUGGGAUGUGCAGACUGUCACUUAUUUCUUAUUCCUCCUGGUAAAGAUGUUUAAAUCCAGCUAUUAUUGAAAGAGCAAGAUCUCAACCUGGACGUUUUAGGAAAAAAAUAGUCUACUUUUAAUUUAAAUACAUUUAUUUGGUGGGAAAAAACUGCUGUUAAAAAUAACUUUUUAACAUAAUAAUGGGUGGCACAAUUACUGGUACUAAAAAUAGUCUCUUUAGAGUAAAUUUAACUGAAGUGUUUGAUCCUAACAUCACAAAUAUAAACAUGUACAGUCUUGUGAACUCUACUGAGACUUUAACUAGGACUGUGUGCUUUAAUCAGUCUAAGUUGGUUUAAAUUGAAGCAAAUGAUAGAUAUGUGGAAGAACUCCUGAGGCCCACUGUGAAGCAUGGUGGAAGAUCCAUGUUGCUGUGGGCUGGUUUCUCUGGUGGACUCUACUAGUAAACUGGUAGUACCUCAUCACUGGAUUUUUGAUCCACCUUUUCUGAGUCGAGCAUCACAGAAAAGGUUAACCAAAGCUAAACCUUGAUCUGAAGAGAAGAAAGCAUCAGGGAGGGUCAAAGGUCACUCUCUAAACGCUCCAGCCUUGUGAAGCAUUAAAGGUGAAGAUCUUGUUCUACAAGAUCUAGCAAACAGUAUUAAUAGCAGGACAUUGAUAGUGAAUUUAAAACAAUCAUUUCUUGACUCGCUGUUUAUUUCUCCACUGAAUAAAUGAACUCACACUGGAGAUUUUAAAGUAUUUUCUUAUUGUGAGAUGAUGCUGCUGAAUAUAACUCCAAUUAUACACAUCUUUACUAGCAUUACAACUAACUUUAUAAAUCCCUGCUAGCAGUGAAAUUUUUGUACCAUGAUGAUGGAACUUGGAUCUGUAAACCUAGACGCUGCUCAGAUACCGAGGAUUCAUAUCAGCUGCUUAAGGUUUUCUAUGUAUUUGCAGGGUAACAGUGAGACGUUGUUCCCUAGAAAUGCUGCUGAAUUUCUAGAAACUAACAUCUGACAAAUUCAGAUAAGUUUCUGCACGCAUUUGUCAUCUUCAGUCUAAACAAACCAUUCAAAAUAUUUCUUUGGUAAAUCCUCCCAUCACACUGUGAGAAUGUCAUGUUUUAGCAGUAAUAUUCUCUACAUGUUUGGCAUUUAGAAAUAUGGAUGGAGAAAAUGAUGAAUAGAAAUACUGAGCACUUUAUUUCAAGCAAACACUAAAUGCAGAUGUUAUAAUGCUGAGUUUCUUUUGGAAAACAAAGUAUACUUGUUUUGAGGACCACUCUGGAGGAUUUCUUUUCAUCACAAACUCAAGUGCUUCAAUAGAGUUUAUUCUGUUAGAUUUUCUUUUUUGUGUUUACUUAUUAUUGCAAACAGUUGGAUGUGUUUUCCUCCUGUCCCUGUAAUUCCUACCACUGCUGGACGUUGUGGACUUGAUUUGAGGAAAUUAUCUGUACAAGGAAAGCAGAAAAUGAUCCUUCUCUUCUAACAUGGAGUAGCUCUUGCUCUGCAGAAACACUUAAGUCCAGACACAUGCAUAAAAAUUCCGUUAACCCUUUUAGAAGAACAGUCCAUAAUUUUUCCAAGUCAUCUUAUUGUGAAGAGAUGAAAACGGACGUAAACACACCAAAUGUCUGAUUCUAAAUAUCUGCUCCAAUGUCUUACUUUUCUUCUUCAGAGGUUGUAAUUAAAUCAGGUGAAAACGUUCAGGUCCACAGUACUGAAGAGCCCUUAGAAAACUGUAAGAUGUAAUAAACCAAAUGGUGGACAUAGAGUUGAUACUACAUAUUUACAUCCACAGUAUAAAAAAGACAGAACCUUUUUUUUUCCCUGUGUCUGACAUCAAAUCAGAUUAAACGUUACUGUUUAGGUCAGUACAGGUUACCAAAAUUAUUUAUAUUUGCUAAAUGCCAGAAUUCGGAGAUCACUUUUCUUUUAUUUUCUAAAAUUUCCUGCAGUUUGAAUUGCCCUUUAAACCCUAGCUUGGGUCAAAGGUGUUGUGUUUCCUUCCAGAAACUUCUCACAACAGUUUGCUGGAGUUCUGGUUCAUUCCUCCUGAUAGAACUGGUGGAACUGGGUCAGGUUUGUUAGCUGCUUUACUCUCACACACCUGUUUAGAUGUACCCACAACUUUCACCCCAUGAGUCUACAAGACUCAUUUCAUUGUGGAUAAUUUUGUGGUUUUCAGCUUUAGCCAACAUGUUCACAAAGUCUUUCCUCUUCUGCUGUGGAGCUGAUCCACACAUUUUACAUCUAAACAUGGACUUCUCUAGAACACAGAACCUGCUUCAUGACAGAACAUUCGCAUGGUGUUUAUUGUGUAUAUUUGUGUUAAGAGAAGAAAUGAAACCCUAACCCAAAUGAACCAGACUUAAUGAGAUCCGCAAUUCUCUUCUGUUGGUUUCGCUGGGUGUUUGAAGUAUGAAUUACUUCAGUUUAACUUAAAUGUUGUAAAUUAAACUAUGAGAAUCAUAUGAAGCUAUAGCAUCAUUGUCUGGACUUUCCAAUUCCCAGGCAAAGUAAAUUCAGUAUAAGUAAAGUUCUGACUUUAAAGAAAGGUAAUAUAUUUCUAUACUUUCUCACUGUUCUGGUAUUUUAUGCAUUGAAACAUUCUUGGUGACCUUAACUGACCCAAAACAGGAAAGGUUUAAAUGUCACACUGUGAGGAAAAAAGAACAUUCUUCAUCUUUUUGUACAGUCUGUCAGGAUCAGAUUUGUAGAUGGAUGCUGGAGGGAAGCAGCUCUGAAUGUCUAGGAAAACCCAGGAAAACGACUGAAACGUGUAGCUGAGGAGAAUUAUUCAGAUUAGCGAAAGAUGCUAAAAGAGAUUUUCACUUAGUAAUUCAGUUAAUAAUAUUGACAUGCAUUAACAGCAUUAUUGUUUCUAAUGAGAUGGUACACACACGGAGAUGUUAGCGAGUCAGUUUGCUAUACUUAAUAAACUUCUGUGAAAUUCUAACAAUGUGAAAAAAAUGUGUAUAUUAAGAAGUUACUGGUAUGUACAUAAUUUUAUGUUGAGUAUCAUUUGGAGCACAAUUCUUUUGACUAUAUCAAAGUUAUCAUUUGUUUUGUAUUUGUAAAAGUUCUCAUGAUAAAACGGAUUCUGUGACAGCCUGAAAACAGUGCCAUACAGCAGAGCUUUGUGUCAGUAGGCUGAGUUGUUAUAGAGUCUGAAUCUUUUGUAGCCACAGGAAGUUUCAAAUGGGGCUGCUGUGGAUUGUUACUGUGAUCACUGUGCUCUCUUUUUCAUUUUUCCUCUUGGACUAAAACCAUUUGUGCAGCUGUGGGACUGCUCACUCAUACUUCACCAUCUCUGAAUGCUCCUGUUUAUUGUUCACAUGACAGGAAGCAGCAGGAGUCUCCAUCCACUGUCAGACUCCUUGCUGUGGAUCCCUGAAAUGAAAAGGUGCUAUGUGUCCCAGCAUUAAUAAAUCAUUACCACAUGAACUGAA